AUGAAUGGUGGAGUUGUCCAAGAUGAUUUGGUGUCAAUAUUAUUACGGUUUAGAAUGCACAAAUUUGUCAUGACUGCAGACAUUGAGAAAAUGUACAGACAGAUAUUAAUUCACCAAGAACAUAUUAACUACCAAAAAAUACUAUGGAGAGAUUUGCCGGAAAAGGAAUUGCUACAUUUUCAACUCAACACAGUAACUUAUGGAACGACAUUAGCUCCUUUCCAAGCUACGCGGUGUUUACAAGAACUUGCAAACAUAAGCGAAGCCAAACAUCCACAAGCAUCUCAAGUAAUCGCACAAGAUUUCUAUGUUGACGACCUAAUUACAGGUUCUCAUUCAAUAAGCAUAUGUCAAGAAAUCUAA